AUGUUAACGGCUCGCGGAUUCUCUGCAUGGAUCACUUGUGAGGGACAGGAGCUGAUUGAGUUCGAGACCGUCGUGGAUGAGGGUUCGCAUAAAGUCUCAUGCUGGAUUGGGUGCGAGGUGGGCAAAGCGUUCACUGUUCACUGGAGGGACAAUGGCACUGGUAUCGACUCUGCCGGCUACAUCUCGCUUGACGGCUUUCUUUGCUCCGGUCGCUUCUUGUAUGGAUAUGGAGACGCAUCUCGUGGUACGCUGCGGGUUGACAAACAUGUUGAACGUCCCUUCAUGUUUGCCAGGAUCGAAUCCAGUAAGCUGCAAGGCCCUCCGGCCAACAUGAAGCUGUCUGAUAAGAUUAUCACAGUACGGAGCUCCUCCCCCAAAUUAGAACAAACUGGGGAGAGCGAUGAUGCUAGCUUGGACAUCAAGGAUCUUGGCACCAUCGCUUUGAAGAUCAAACAGAUCAAACGGACUACUCCCUCCCAUUCACCAAACAGCCCUCAGACACCUCCCAACCCCGUUCGCACUAUUUCCUCAUCAACAAACCACAGCUUUGGGGCGAACAUCGCCGCAUCCCUCCAACACUCACAAACCUGGUCUUUCGAACCACAUGACAAGUCGGACCCGCACGCCUUCAUCACUUUCGUCUUUCGCUACCGCACUCGCAACUUUCUGUUAGACCAGAGUAUUAUCCUGCACACCCCGCUCUCUUCGCCAAUAUCAUCUGCCUCACCAUCCUUGGCGUCGACACCAAGAAGCCCCUUCUCGCCACAAUCGGCGCGCCUGGGGAGCACCAGCCCCGCGGUCGCGCCCGGCCAGUUUGAUGGGCCCUCUCGCUCGCAGCUGCAGAGCCUGCCAACGUAUCAGAACACAACGUCGUCACGUCUGAAGUUUCUGUACUCUGACUUCUCUAGCCAGAGGCAGUCGAACCCGAGCUCGUUCACGUCAAAUGUGGAAUGGUGGAGGAGGACACUCGAAGCGUUCGUGCUGAACGGAUGGCAAAGUCGUUCGGGCACGGAGUCGAACACGCCAGAUAGGCUGGUGCUGCAUGCCACAGGUCCUGUGCUUACUGAGGAGUUCAGGCUCGAGGGUGCGGGCAGGCCGUUGGGCUUGGCCGCGGUGAUUGUGAGUGCCAGCGUCAUUUAUGCUAUCAACAUGAAGACGGAACUCUGCCAACAGAAAUCCUACUUUCCGGUCACGCAGUUCUUGAGUGCGACACAGUCGAUAUAUGACCCCGGCUGGCUGCCGUAUCGAAUAGCCUCCUUUGUCGUGGGCAAGCCGCUCUGGUGGGCACUGCAACAGCUCAGUAUCGUCGGCUCGGACGAGAGCUAUGGUUCAUCUGGCGACAGCGAACGCUGGAAGAAGGUCAAGGGCGACUACGUCGUCCUCAGUCUCCUCGAACGUGCGGCCGAGGCAGUGCUAGCGAAGCAGGAGUCCAAAAGUAGUGUGAGUCUCGCUGAUUCAUUAUAUAACUUCGAGGGUUUCAAGAAGGCCUACGCGGACGAGGCUCUUGAAGGCGUUGCUCUUUCGGACUUGGACUUGAAGGUCCUUCUAAAGUACGUCGAGCGGGAUAAGAAGGCGAUUGUCAGACAAGGCGAUGCCAUCAAGUUCGUCCAGGGUGCCGAUCAUGCUGAAAUCACUACCGUAGACAUUGGCGUGCUUGAGCUUAAGACCGCCAUCGAUAAUCUCGAGGUCGCAGUGGACCACAUCCAAAAACAAAUAGACCAGCGCACCGAGAAAGCCUCCACCGCCCUGCGCCAGAAGCGAAAAGAAGCCGCGCUCAGCCAUCUGCGAGCACGCAAGCAGUACGAAGACCUGCUCAAGAAGCGCCUGAACUCGCUCGACACGUUGCAUGCGACGCUCGUCAGCGUCGAGCGCGCGGCAGGCGACGUCGAGAUUCUGCGCUCGUACGAGUCCUCGACGGCGGCGCUCCAUGCAGUCCUCGCGCACCCAUCGCUCCAGCGCACCAGGAUCGACGAGACGAUGGACGCGAUGGACUUGGCGCAGGCGGACGCGCGAGAGAUCGACGACAGGAUCCGCAUGGGCGCAGACAUGGUGCAGACGGAUGCGGGCGUGGAUGACGCGGAGCUGGCGGACGAGCUGGACGCGUUAGUCAAAGAGGUCGAGGACGAGAAGGCCGCCGCGCAACACGCUGAAGUCGAAGAGAAGCUGAAGGAAAUGACUCCUCAAGAGACGGACGAGCAAAAUAAGGUGUCUGAGCGUGCCUAG